AGAUGGAGCCAAUUUGCAGUAUGCUACAGCUGCAGCUUUGGCAUUCAACGUCUACGGUGAUUUGCUUGCAAGAUACAAACAGCAGGUCUUUUGUCGCAGCAAGCAAUUUGGAUCUGCUGACGGCUGACCUCCUCGGUUUUACUAAGAAACAGAUGGAUUAUAUAUUGGGAGCGAAUCCACAGCAGAGGUCAUACAUGCUAGGAUUUGGAAAGAAUUUCCCACAACAGCCACAUCAUAGAGGAGCAUCAAAUCCUGUCAUGCCAAAGUCUCAACUCUCAAGUAGUGACUUGUGCUAACACUUUUCUUGACUACUUCGUUAAAAAUUCUCCAAACCCAAACGAGCUCACUGGUGCCAUCGUUGGUGGUCCUGACU